UACUCCAUCAACGCGUUCGCCACCAGCCAACUAAUCCCUAAAUCCUCCCCUCCGUCCCUUCCCCCUUCCCCUUUCCACGCACGACCACGCCGAUCUUCCGCCGGAGGGGGAACGGCCGGCUGCCGGCUGCCGGCGCGAUUUUUGGCGGCGCCUGGAAGCCUAUCGGCGACGGCCCAACGUAAAUUCCAGGGUAGCAUGUAUCUGGAAAGAAGAAGGUGAAUGUUGCCCAGUGGAAUCCGAUCCCUGCGUGUUCUUUGAGAUUGUGGAAGGCUGUGAAAACUUAUAGCUUGACCGUGGCGCUUUUCUUCCAGAAUGCCAGGCUUAUCUCUGGCAGUUCGUGAGACCAUGAAUCAUGGUUGCAGUUGCAGCCAAUCAAGGACUGAUCAGAUGUGCCAUGAGCAGUCUCGAGUUCGAUUGACAGCUGAAGAGCAACUUGCAGCUGAAGAAAGUCUUUCUGUAUACUGCAAACCUGUUGAACUUUAUAAUAUACUUCAACGUAGGGCAAUACAAAAUCCUUCAUUUCUUCAGAGAUGUUUGCAGUACAAGAUGCAAGCAAAGCGCAAAAGGAGAAUUCAAAUAAUCAUUUCACUGAUUGGAAGUCUGAACGCUGAGAAAGAACAUUUGUUCCCUCUCUAUGUGCUAUUAGCUAGACCUGUUGCUGAUUCUGCAGUUGCAGAGCAUUCUGCAGUAUAUCGACUCAGUCGCCCUUGUGUCCUAACUAAUUUCAGUGAGUUUGGGAAAAAGGCUCAUAUGGAAGCCAGUUUUGUUAUUCCUGAGAUUAGGAAACUGAUAACCAAUGCACGAGCUAACAAUCUCAACAUUAUUAUCAUCAGCAAAGGGGAAUCAAAAGGUGGUUUUGGUGGAAAUCAUCUAUUGAAUGAACAUGAAGAAUGGUCUUCUUUUCUCAAACUUGAAGGGAAUUGCCUUUGUGGGAAAAUACCAGUUGAUUCACUUUGUUUGUCAUUAGAGAAAUGUGUGACCUUGAGCUUAGGACAUAGAACUGACAUGCUUUCAGCUGUUAAUAUGCAACCAAGCAUUUUGGAGCCUAAAUAUUUGGGCAAGAAUGACUGCAUAUUUUUGCAAACUCAAAAUAUAGAUUCAGCGAAUACCUGCCAAGUUAAAGUCAGCAUAUGUGCUCAAGAGGUGGGCGCAAGCGAGACAUCUCCUUAUGACUUUUACUCAUAUGAUGAUGUUCCAACAUCAUCUUUACCUCAAAUUAUCAGAUUGAGGAUGGGGAAUGUUCUGUUUAACUAUAGAUACUACAACAACAUGCUGCAAAAAACUGAAGUUACGGAGGACUUCUCUUGUCCUUUUUGUUUGGUGAAGUGUUCAAGCUUUAAGGGGCUGAGAUAUCAUUUGAAUUCUAAUCAUGACCUUUUCAAUUUUGAGUUCUGGGUAACCGAGGAGUAUCAAGCUGUGAAUGUUUCUGUGAGGACUGAUAUUUGGAGAUCAGAGGUUGCAUCAGAUGGAGUUGAUCCUAGGCUGCAAACUUUUUUUUAUUGCUCAAACUUCAUGAGAAGUAGAAGAUCGAAGAAUAGUGUUCAGACUGCAAGUCAUGUGCAUCCACAUGUUUUGGAAUCAGGCUUGCCUGAAGCAGCUUUAGAAGGUUCUCGUGAAGAUUAUGAUAACAAAGACAAUGGAACAUGCUCCUCUCAAAGGCCUCAUGCAUAUACAACGAGUGCUUCGCUUACAAAUGGAUGUGAUGGGUGCACAAGACAUAUAUUAUCUUGCCCUGAUACAAUAGGUGCAUGUGUUGUGACAACUCAAGGUUCUACCAGCAAUGAUUCUGGUCAGCAAGCAUCUGGAAAUAAUCUAGCAUCACAAAAUAUGCUGCAGUUUUCUAAGAUGCGAAAGAUAUCUGAUGAACGAGCUGAUCCCAGAAAUCGUGCUCUGCUACAAAAACGUCAGUUCUUUCAUUCUCAUAGAGCUCAGCCAAUGGCAUUGGAGCAAGUAUUUUUAGAUCGGGAUAGUGAAGAUGAAGUUGAUGAUGACAUUGCUGAUUUUGAAGAUAGAAGAAUGCUUGAUGAUUUCGUGGAUGUGACGAAGGACGAGAAGCAAAUAAUGCAUCUGUGGAAUUCUUUUGUUCGGAAACAAAGAAUUGGAGAUGACCUUUGGAUGCCGCAUCUUGCAUGGCCAGCAUUCAGAGUGGUGGACUUACCAUGUUUUGGGUUCUGGCUGAUGGUCACAUAUCAUGGGCUUGUGAGGCAUUCUCUCAGAUUCACGGGCAAGAGCUUGUGCGAUCUCCAGCUUUAAUGUGGUGUUGGAGGUUAUUUAUGAUCAAACUUUGGAAUCAUAGUCUCUUAGACGCACGCACCAUGAACAAUUGUAGCUUAAUACUCGAAAGAAAUCAAAAUGAGGCCUUGGGCGCCAAGCAAAACUAAGAUCUGGGAGACCAGUGAGGAACCAGAAUUACUUCGUGCUAACUUACACCCGUACCAUUUUUUGGAAAGGUUUCCUAUCUGAUUUGUUUCUAUAUUGAUGUAACUUCUUUGGGGUAUUAUUGUUUACAAUCAUAGUGUUGCCAGGGGAGAGAAAAGGCCUUCACUAGCCUGCAAUUGUCACCUUAUAUGAAUGUUCGCAUAUUCUUUCAGCUCAGAAGGGCAAGUAAUAUUGCAUAAUUUAUCGA